UUGACGAAGCCUUUAAUUAAUAUGGGUAAAAUAAAUGCAACAAAACAUAUCCAUACAAUGUGAUACAGAUAUACCAGUACUUAUGUACAUACUCCAUUAAAUACGUAGGAAUACAAUGAGUCUUAUCAAUAGCAGCGAUCUUACGGAAAACGCUUAAGUGGACUCUAUUGCUAUUUCAAAUAAAUCAUCCGUCAUUACUGCAAUCGCGGAUGUCACACGCUCUGGUACACAGGUGUAUUUAAUUUUUUCCGCAGGCUUAAAUUCAUUUUCCUACUUCAAAAGUGAGGACUUUUUUCCCAAGUUGACAUCAUAUGAUUCAUUUUAUACAAAAUGUAAUAGUGAAGAUAUUAUGUGUACUUUUCCCGCUGAGUUUGUUAGCUCGCAUAGAGUGUGCUUGAUGUAGAUAUGUGUUAUGUGUGAUCCCUGUUUGUAUUGCAUUUGUGUGUUGAGCCACGAUAGUGACUGGCGUGUGUUGUGUGUGCAGGCGAGUGCGCGCUCGGUCGGCGCUCGAGCCGGGGCGUGGGUGUCGGCGCGGGCGGCAGCUCGCCCAGUUGACAGCAUGCUCAUCGCGUUCAACGACUCGGCCAACUUCACGGACCUGGAGACCACCGACCUCCCCAGCAGCCCCUUCAGUCUCGCGCAGAAGAUCGUCAUCGCCAUCAUCGCCAGCGUCCUCUCGGUGCUCACCGUCGUCGGCAAUUCCAUGGUGAUGAUCAGCUUCAAGAUCGACAAGCAGCUGCAGACCAUUAGCAACUACUUCCUGUUCUCGCUGGCGGUCGCGGACUUUGCGGUGGGGUUGAUCUCCAUGCCGCUGUACGCCAUGUUCACCAUCUACGGCUACUGGCCGCUGGGCCCGCAUGUGUGCGACACGUGGCUCGCGCUCGACUACCUCGCGUCCAACGCCUCCGUGCUCAACCUGCUCAUCAUCAGUUUCGAUAGGUACUUCAGUGUGACGAGACCGUUGACGUACAGGGCCAAGAGGACUACACGCAGGGCCACAGUGAUGAUAGGCGGUGCGUGGGGGUUCAGUUUGAUAUUGUGGCCGCCGUGGAUUUACGCGUGGCCGUACAUAGACGGUGAGCGGAAAGUCCCGCCUAACGAGUGCUAUAUUCAGUUCAUAGAGACUAACCAGUUCAUUACGUUCGGGACAGCGAUAGCGGCGUUCUAUGUGCCAGUGACUGUCAUGUGUAUACUGUACUACAGGAUAUGGAGGGAGACCAAGAAACGCCAGAAAGACUUGCCCAAUCUGCAAGGCGGGAAGAAACACGACUCGUCGAAGAGAUCAAAUUCUAGUGACGAGACAAAAGAAGUGGACGGGCGAGCACGUUCGGAGUCUGGCGACGCAGACUCCGUGUACCACGUGAGGGGAGCGCUACACGACAACCGGUGGAGAGAUAACCAGACGGCGAGCGCCCGACGUCCUCAGCGCGGAUGGGGCGCGGUGCGGGCGUGGUGCGUGGCGUGGUGGCACUCCGGCCGCGAGGAUGUGGAGGACACGGAGCCGGAGGAGGAGCCUUCGGACCCCGGCUACGCCACGCCCGUGUCCGUCGAGACACCGCUGCAGAGCUCCGUGUCCAGAUGCACGUCACUAAAUGUCAUCAGGGACCCUUACGCAGUGCGUGGAGGGUCGAGCGGGUCGGGGGGUGACGGGGGCACGUCCCCGCUGCGCCGCUCGUACGAGCCCCCCUCUAGCAUCCCCGCGGCCCGCGACAGCCGCUCACUGCCACCUAACACCAGAAUCAACGCCACUACCUCACCAGCACCCAAAUCUGCAUCAGCGGACUCGGUAUACACUAUCCUAAUUAGACUGCCAGAUGCUGACACAGAACGACCAACGAUCAAAAUGAUCACAGAAGAGUCCCCGCCCACUAACACGAGACCGCACUUCCGACCGACAAGAGGGGACUCGGAGCUCAACCUGCACCCUGCGGGACACCAGGCGCUGACUAGAAGGACAUCUCACAUACAGGAUGUGAGGAUCCCGCUCAACGCCAAGAUCAUCCCGAAGCAGUUGGCAGGAAAAGGAAUGGCAAAACAGCCGAAACCGAAGAAGAAAACACAGGAGAAAAAACAAGAGACGAAAGCCGCGAAAACGUUGUCGGCCAUCUUACUAUCCUUCAUUAUCACUUGGACGCCUUACAAUAUUCUGGUGUUACUGAAACCGCUCACAGCCUGCACUAAAUGUAUCCCUGAUGAGCUCUGGUCCUUCUUCUAUGCUCUUUGUUACAUUAACUCCACAAUCAAUCCUGUGUGCUACGCCCUUUGCAAUGCCACCUUUAGAAGAACGUACGUGAGGAUUCUGACGUGCAAGUGGCACAAUAGGAAUAGGGAAGCAAUGACUAGGGGUGUGUACAAUUGAAUUGUGAUGAGCUUUGACGUUUGAAUUCUGUCUUGUCAAGGUGCCGGUGCCAAAAUGAAGAUUGCCCAAUUUUGGUAACCGUCAACUGUUUUUGUUCAGUGUUGGGAGUGACGAAUUGCUGGUAAUUGGAGAAUCGAUGAAAACGUUUAAGACUGUUCAUAGGUCUCUGAAACUAUGACAGUUUAUGUUAGUGAGAACAAUGACAUUAUGUGCCAAAAAAAUCUUCCUAGUUAAUAUUACUAGUGUGGCACGCAUUAAUCACAGAUAACCCUUUCUUCAAAUUAUCUUCAUAAAAAAGUGAACUAAAAUGGACCGCUAACACGUGGUAUAAUCCAUAUUUAGAGAGUGAUAAUAUAUUUAUUUUGUCCAUUGAAACGAUUAGUUGUGAAUUUUAAUUUCGUUAGUGAGUUGACCGACCCGUCCAUACAUAGUCGUAUUAUUUGUAGAAUUUUGUAAUACAUUUUUACUUUAUUUAUUUUAUUAAUUUCC